AUUUUCAUAAUAAUCUGAAUUCUGCAAACUUAAAUCAGGAGCAGAAUAACAAACACACCAGGACCUUGUAUACACAGGAUUAUCUCAGGAUCAUGGAAGUCUCGUUUCUGUCUCUGACCAUCAGCCUCGUCUUACUUGUCCUCUUCAUCACCUCAUUAUGGCAGAAGAAGAAGAAGUACCAAUUCCUGCCCCCAGGACCCACCCCCUGGCCUCUGCUAGGGAACCCUGCGUAUGUCGUAAGGGGAAGAGAAACCAAACAAUACCCAGAGCUCUGUAAGAAAUACGGCCCGGUAUUUACUAUUUGGAAACUGACAGAACCCAUGGUGGUUCUCUGUGGAUAUGAGGUGGUGAAGGAUGCCCUGGUUAGUCACGGCGAGCAGUUUAGCGGACGCCCAUUGUUGCCUGUGACACAUGUAGCCUCUAAAGGAUUUGCUUUUAUCAGUGCCAACGACCAGCUCUGGCGACAACUUCGGCGCACCAGCUUGACAAUACUCAGGAACUGUGGAAUGGGGAAAAAACCUAUGCAGGAUAAAAUGCACAAAGAGGUGCAACACUUGAUAUCGGCUAUAACUGACAAGGGAGGGAAGCCCUUCAAUCCAUACCCCUUCUUGGCAUUUGCUACAUCCAACGUCAUCAGUAUGAUUUUGUUUGGUAAACGGCAUGACUACAAGGACAGGCAGCUGAUGGAACUUAUCACAAACAUUAGACUGCACAUAGGGAACUUCCAGGCCUUACUUAAUCAGCUCUGCAACACCUUCCCUGUUCUCCUCCGUAUCCCGGCCAUCAGGAAUCAUUUAUUUAAAGCCAGCUCUUACCUUCAGUCCUUUCUCAAGAAGGAGAUCGAUCUCCACAAGCAGACGCUGGACAGCAGCUCUCCCAGGGACUUUAUUGACCACUUUUUACUGAAGAUUAAAGAGGAGGCACCAGAUGCAGAUUCCUAUUUAAGUGACACUGGGCUGCUGAUGAUAAUUACCGGGUUAUUAGCAGCGGGAACUGACACCACCACGUUUAGCCUGAAGUACAGUUUAGUGGUUAUGGCCCAUUUCCCAGACAUCCAGGCAAAGGUACAGCAGGAAAUAGAUCAAGUUACAGGAUCCCUGCGCUUUGCUGGGAUUAAAGACAGAGAACACCUGCCUUACACCAAUGCUGUUAUACAUGAAGUGCAGCGACUGAUGGAAUUAGCGUCUGUGGGUAUUGGUCAUGCGGUGACAGAGGAUAUUCAGUUCAACGGAUUCACCAUUCCAAAGGGAACAACAAUUAUCCCGUUUUUUUCAUCAGUGCUGAAGGACCCAACCCAAUGGGAAACUCCAGAUGAAUUCAAUCCAAGGCAUUUCCUGGAUGAUAAUGGGCAGUUUUGCCCAAAACCAGCAUUCAUGGCAUUUUCUGCAGGAAAGCGCGUGUGCCUCGGGGAGAGUUUAGCCCGCAUGGAACUCUUUCUUUUAUUCUGCUCCCUACUUCAACAUUUCACGUUCAGCACAGCCCCUGGGACCAACCUACAAAAUGGAAAAGCUCUGAGAGACAACAAGUUAAUGCUUAUAACAUCCUCCGAGCUUUGUGCUGUCCCGCGUACCAUCUCUUCCAAAUGACCGUGACCAUAUUAUCCUGGAAAAAGAUGCAAUCAAAUCUGCUCAACAACAGACAAUCAUUGUAUUUUACAGGAUGAACAAGGGUCUGCUAUUACAUAAUAUUUGCACAAGGGGGCCUUCUAGUAAAGUGUAGCUAUGGAAGAUGUUCAGAUUACAAAUCGUAUAUGUUGCCCGCUGGCAGGAUAGCGCAUUUCCUUUUAUAGGAAAUAAUGUACAUGUUAAACGAUAUCUGUGAAUGUGUUCUUAAGGAGAGCUUAGGUGGUGGGAUGUUCUUGCUUUGUCAUUAUGCUGUUAAUGAAAUACCUUUGAAAAGAAAAUCUGAUUAAUUUGGAAAAAAAAUCUGUGAAAUAAAUAAAUUUACUUUAGAAUUUUCAAAACAAA